AAGCAAAGAAUCUUUAUUUCGUAUGUAGUAACGAUAUCCGUAAUCGGUUUUGUGUACCGUGAUUUCUCGUUGUAGGAACCAUUUUCAAAAUAGACAUUUAUAUACCAUUCGAUAGCCCUUUGAAAGGGCUACAUUUUUCACUAUUUCUAUUUGAAUUAGGAGCAACUUCGAUUUUUCACCAAUUUCCGCCUGGAUGCCAACUGUGCUACGGUUACAGAGAUAUUCACAAAAACAGCACCCUCUGUAGUGAAUACCUCUGUAACCGUAGCUUGUCUGAAAAAACUGGAAACAGGAAAUGAAAUCUCAUUUUAUUUUGGUACAAACUCAAAACUUUCAUCGAAUGAAUUUGAGUUGCUUCAUACAAAACGGAAAAGUACACGAAAUAAGCACAUUUUUUUCAUCUUAGUCCACGUACCAUCACCUGAUAUUAAUAAAUUAAUAAAACUGAUUUUUGAGUUUUGAUUGAAAACGAUUAGUAGACGAGAGUGUUAUCCUGUGCUAUUAGUUUUUUCUCUAUACUUAUAGAAAUCUGAUUCAAAUGAUUCUGGUAACGAAGAUGUGGGUGACUCUGUGACAUCAUCGAAACCGAAAAAAAACACUGGGCAAUCGUCGUCAUUGAAUACAGCAUCCCUAUCUCGUAUCAAUCGUCGAAAUGAAUUACUUAAUGAACUUGUUUAUGAAUUAACUACACCAAGAACAAAAGUGUCGUCCAGCGAUACCUAUUUAGAAAACUUACCACCAGAAGUCAUGUUGGCCAUCAUGAAAAAUAUGGAUGAUUUAAGCAUAUACGCCAUUAGUAAAGCAUCUUAUCGAUGGCGACGAUUGAUUAAUUCGACCGUGGAUUGGCAGACAUUUUUAAGAACUCGUUGGCCUCUAUUUGUUUUAAGUCGUAACGAUGAUAAUAUUGAUAUCAGUCGUAUCUACGAUCAUUUAAUACAGAGUACAUCGUGUUUUUUAUGUCUAAAUGAAACGGGUAUUAGAUUCGAAAAUCAUUUAGCUAUUCAUCCCACAUUAUGGCGUCAUAGACGUUUACAAAGUGAAAUUCGAGCGUUGCAAGGCGAACCACCUGAAGGUAUUGAAGCUACACCGCUUGAUCCAUCAUCGUGUUAUCAUUGGCAAGCAUCAGUAUUGGGUCCAAGCGGAAGUCCAUAUGAGGGUGGUAUUUUCUAUCUUUACUUGCAUAUUCCACAAUCUUAUCCAAUGAUUCCACCACGCGUACGUUUCAUUACAAAAAUAUUUCAUCCAAACAUAAAUAUGCAUGGGGAUAUUGGCCUUGAUUCAUUCUCACAUAACUGGAGUUUAGCACUGACAAUAUCAAAAGUAUUGAUAUCUGUACAAAGUUUACUAACUGAUCCUUAUGCUUACAUUUGUAUGAAUCGGCGAGCCGGUGAUUUAUUUUUAAAUAAUCGUGAACAAUAUGAACAAAUUGCGAGAAAUUGGACAUGGAAGUAUGCCAUGGUAGAUUUUAUUAAUUCCGAUGAAAUUGAUAUUGAUCAUAUCGAUUAUUGA